AGUGACAAGCGUUUUAUCUGGGACAGCUCUCUUCACGUUCGUCACCUUCGACUUUCUAGAGAGAGAUAGAGAGAGAGGGACAGAGGUUUUUUUGGAGAGAGAAACGGCGGUUUUUAUAGGGAGAAACUGCGAUGUUUUAGGGACAGAAAAGUGUGGUGUUGGGGGAGAGAUACGGGGUGUCUAGACAAUGCUGGUUUUGUCCAUUUCAUCGGCGGGAAUUCUCCGAUAUGGGUUCGAGUGCGGUGGUAGGCGGUACUAGUAUCACCACCGGUGGCACCACUUCUUGCUGCCACAUGGCUAGGUGGAGAUGGGACCACCACUGCUUUCUCUCAUCAACCUUUGUCUUCUUUAUUGCUUCCUUCGUCGUUUACGGAUUCAUUGCGGGUGUCUAUGCUUGGCUUUUCGUCAACCCUCAUGCGCCUCUGGAACUGGCCUCGCUGGGCUGUCGCCCGGACAGUGAGGGCUCCUGGGCGAUUGGUGUUUUCUAUGGUGACUCCCCGUUUUCUCUCAGACCCAUUGAGGCGAUGAAUGUGUGGAGAAAUGAAAGUGCAGCGUGGCCUGUGGCCAACCCUGUUGUCACAUGUGCGUCGGCUUCGGAUGCUGUUUUCCCUAGUAAUUUUGUUGCUGACCCUUUUCUCUAUGUUCAGGGAGACACACUUUUCCUAUUCUAUGAAACAAAGAAUUCGAUCACAAUGCAAGGAGAUAUUGGGGUCUCAAAAAGUGACGAUAAGGGUGCAACAUGGCAACAUUUGGGUGUUGCCUUGGAUGAGGAAUGGCAUCUUUCGUAUCCAUAUGUCUUUGAGUACCUUGGCAAAAUAUACAUGAUGCCUGAGUGCAGUGGUAAAGGGGAGCUCCGCAUCUAUCGAGCACUUAACUUUCCCUUGCAAUGGACACUCGAGAAAAUUAUUAUUAAAAAACACCUAGUUGAUUCUGUUAUUAUUAAUCAUGAUGGGAAAUAUUGGAUUUUUGGUUCUGAUCACACUGGUUUUGGUGCCAAGAAGAACGGACAGAUGGAAAUCUGGUAUAGUAGCUCGCCAUUUGGUCCCUGGAAGCCACACAAGAAGAACCCUAUUUUUAACACUGACAAGAGAUUUGGUGCUCGGAAUGGAGGCAGGCCAUUUGUGUACAAUGGAAACCUUUAUCGCAUGGGUCAAGACUCCGGUGAAACAUAUGGACGGCGAGUCCGUGCUUUCAAAGUGGAAGUCCUUACCCAGGAUGAGUUCAAAGAAGUUGAAGUUUCCCUGGGCAUAGACGAGUCAAAUAAGGGUCGAAACGCUUGGAACGGUGCUCGCUACCAUCACCUUGAUGUGCAACAACUAAGUUAUGGCAAGUGGAUUGGUGUCAUGGAUGGAGAUCGGGUACCUUCAGGAGACCCAGCUCAUCGUUUUAUUCUUGGCUGUGCUUCAGUUGUGGUUGUUGUCGCAGUUGUUAUACUGUUGGGGUCGCUGGUUGGAGCCGUGAAAUGUAUUAUCCCCCUCAACUGGUGCCCACACAAUUCAGGAAAGAGAAGCGAUGUUUUCCUGACAUGGGAACGGUCCAAUUUGAUGUCUUCUAAGCUUCGACAGCUCUGCAGUCGCUUGAAUAGAGCACCUUUAUUCCUCCGAGGCAUGAUAAAACCCAACUCCAUCAUCGGAAGAUUGGUAAUCUCUUUCAUAUUUGCAGUUGGAGCUGUACUAGUCUGCAUUGCCGUGAAGUACAUCUAUGGAGGCAAUGGUGCUGAAGAAGCAUAUCCAUUGAAAGGACACUACUCUCAGUUCACACUAUUGACGAUGACCUACGAAGCCCGGCUCUGGAAUUUGAAAAUGUACGUGAAGCAUUACUCAAGAUGCUCUUCAGUAGAGGAGAUUGUAGUGGUGUGGAACAAAGGGGCGCCUCCAGAACCGAGUGAAUUGGACUCGGCAGUGCCGGUGAGGAUCAGAGUGGAGGAAAAGAACUCACUCAACAACCGCUUCAAGAUCGAUCCUCUGAUAAAGAACCGAGCUGUUCUAGAGCUUGACGAUGAUAUCAUGAUGAGCUGCGGUGAUAUAGAACGGGGAUUCCGGGUAUGGCGAGAGCACCCAGAUAGGAUUGUGGGAUUCUACCCACGUCUUGUAGAAGGAAACGUGUUAAAGUACGACGGGGAGAAGUAUGCCCGAAAGCUGAAAGGGUAUAACAUGAUCCUGACAGGAGCAGCCUUCAUUGAUGCCCAACUCGCCUUUGAGAGGUAUUGGAGCGAGGAAGCCAAGGCAGGAAGGAAGGUUGUGGACAAGUAUUUCAACUGCGAAGACUUGCUUUUGAACUACCUCUAUGCAAAUGCCAGCUCUUCAAGGACGGUAGAGUAUGUGAGACCCACUUGGGUCAUCGACACAUCCAAGUUCUCAGGCGUUGCCAUCAGCCGAAACACUCAACUCCAUUACAGAAUACGAAGCGAGUGCCUCUUGAAAUUUUCAGAGAUGUAUGGUGGUUUGGGGAAGCAGAAAUGGGAAUUCAACGGCCGGGAGAACAGACGGGAUUUUUGAACAGGAAUCCAAUCGAUUAUUCACCAUAGCCACAGGUAGAUUGUAAUAGAAGGUGACAAAAAUUCUUGUAACUUCCAACUUUGUUGGUUCUUUCUCUUGUGAAUUAAUCACUCAAAAUCUCUUAGAGAUGGGAGUACUCUUUAGGAUCCCCAUAGGUUUACAUGUACAUUGGGUUUUCUCAUUUCUGUUAAGUUAUUAAACCUUGCUGAAAGGUGAGAUUGGUUUUGAAAACUAUGCUUCUUUUACCUUCUUC